AUGCAGAAGAACGCCAGCUGCUGCGGGACAAUCCUCUGCCUCGCCCUCAUCGCCAUCACCACCCUCUCCAUAUCCACGUCCCUAACCACCACCCGCGCUGACCCCGACGGGACCUGGUACUCGUGGGCCCACGUCGCGCUGGGCAAGGACAUUGUCGACAUCUACAACGCGCAGAGGCGAAGGGUGCGGGAUCCGUUCAUUCAAAAGCUCUUCAUUGCCCGGCUCAGGCCGCUGUCCCAGGGAUCGCCCGUCUACACAUCCAUCGCCCAGCGGCUCUCGAAGCUCGUCACCGACGACGCCGGCAUGGACAAGUCAGCCAAGGAGGAGGCCGCGAAGGCGUCUCCGGCUGCUCGCGCGGAUGCCUCGACGCAGACAGAUGAGGUCGAUGAUCAUCGCUAUGGGUACGCCCACUUUUGUAGGUACGGCACUAUCAACAACAAGGACCGAAUUGAUUCCGUGGAGUCGUUCCAUAACAUUCAUGGCGGUACUCAUCACUGGGUCGGUCGGCAGGAGACCAAGGAUUCGGGAUACAAGCCGCUCAUCCUGGUGGUCUGCAUUUUGGUGAUGCUGAAGAUCUUCUCCUGGCUGUGA